CGCUACGUCACAUCCUGACGCACACUUUCAGUUCCUCGGCUGCAGCGGAUCAACUGUCCCUCGCUCCCCGGGUUUGUGUCCCUCUUCUCCCGCAACAAACACCCUCCUGUGCGCCUCCGGCUCGGACUGCGGCUAACAUGGCGGCGCUAAUCAAAGGCGUGGAGCAGGUUUCCGUGGGUCAGUUGUACGUGUCGGACAAAUGCGGCAGCGACCAGGACGGAGACGGCUCGGAGCAGAAACCCUUCAAAACUCCUCUGGGGGCUCUGUUGUCCGUUGGGAAGGAGCCGUUUCCCACCAUUUAUGUGGACUCGCAAAAAGAGGAUGAGCGUUGGGCGGUGAUCUCAAAGACGCAGAUGAAGAGCGCUAAAAAGGCCUUUGGCCGUGAGCAGCUGAAGAGUGAUGCCAAAGACCAGAAGGAGGCUGAGGACACCGAGAGGAGAGAUAAGAACCUGGAAGAAGCCAAGAAGAUCGUCAUUCAGAAAGACCCGAGUCUCCCUGAGCCUGAAGCGGUUAAAAUUCGUCAUCUGGAGCCAAAGAGAGGUCAAAGGGUCAAAGUGUUUGGAUGGAUUCAUCGCCUGAGGAGACAAGGGAAGAACCUGAUGUUCAUUGUGCUGAGAGACGGAACUGGUUUCCUCCAGUGUGUCCUCAACGAUAAACUGUGCCAGUGCUACAACGGCCUGGUGCUGUCCACCGAGAGCACGGUGGCUCUGUACGGGACCAUCACCCCCGUUCCUGAGGGCAAGCAGGCGCCCGGGGGCCACGAGCUGCACUGUGACUUCUGGGAGCUGAUUGGCUUAGCUCCAGCCGGCGGCACCGACAACCUGGUGAACGAAGAGUCGGACGUGGACGUCCAGCUGAACAACCGACACAUGAUGCUCAGAGGAGAGAACGUGUCCAAGAUCCUCCGAGUGCGCUCCACCGUCACCCAGUGCUUCAGGGACCACUUCUUCCACAGCGGCUACCACGAGAUCUUUCCUCCGACCCUGGUGCAGACUCAGGUGGAGGGCGGCUCCACGCUGUUCAACCUGGACUACUUUGGCGAGCAGGCGUUCCUGACGCAGUCCUCCCAGCUCUACCUGGAGACCUGCAUACCCGCCCUGGGAGACAGCUUCUCCAUCGCCCAGUCGUACCGAGCCGAGCAGUCCCGCACCCGCAGGCACUUGUCCGAGUACACUCACAUCGAGGCGGAGUGUCCCUUCAUCUCGUUCGAGGACCUGCUGACCAGGCUGGAGGAGCUGGUGUGUGACGUGGUGGACCGAGUGCUCAAGUCCCCGGCUGGACAGCUGGUCUACGACAUCAACCCGGACUUCAAACCGCCCAAGAGGCCGUUCAGGAGGAUGGACUACACUGACGCCAUCAAGUGGCUCAAAGAGCACGACGUCAAGAAGGACGACGGCACCUACUACGAGUUCGGAGAGGACAUCCCUGAGGCUCCAGAGAGGCUGAUGACAGACGCCAUCAACGAGACCAUCCUGCUCUGUCGUUUCCCAACGGAGAUCAAGUCCUUCUACAUGAUGCGCUGCCCCGAGGACCGGCGCCUCACUGAGUCGGUCGACAUGUUGAUGCCAAACGUGGGUGAGAUUGUCGGAGGCUCGAUGCGUAUCUGGGACUCUGAGGAGCUGCUGGAGGGAUACAAGAGGGAGGGAAUCGACCCCACCCCAUACUACUGGUACACUGACCAGAGGAAGUACGGCACUUGUCCUCACGGCGGCUACGGUCUGGGUCUGGAGCGUUUCCUCACCUGGAUGCUGAACAGACAUCACAUCAGAGACGUCUGCUUGUAUCCUCGCUUCAUCCAGCGCUGCCGCCCCUGAGCGCACACACACAUUCUGUGGUUGGAUGUGGCUCGUGCAGAUGAAUCCCAAAAAAAAAAAUCCAAAUAACGAUCUAUUUCUGCUAAACUUUGCCUCUUCUCCGUUUCGUCGUCGCUCGUUCUGACUUGAAACGUGAAUCUGACCAUUUCCUGCCUCUGCUGAUGCUCAUUGGCUGAUAUUUAUCCUGCCAUAAACACGGCUGUAUCCUGUCAUCACACAGAGUCUGCAAGUCCGAGAAAACAUAGAAAAACGUCCCCUGUGGUCUUCAGUGCUGCUGAAUAAUAGAUUGAAUGUAUAUUUUGUUAAUAUAAUCCGGAGGAAUUUGCGAAAAAAAGGACUUAAAAAUUCAAUUAACCUGCAGAAUCGUUCAUUUUUAGCUUAAUGUUUGCAAAUUUUGGAAUUUGCAGUAAAAUAAUUCUUCAUCAAUCGAGUUCUGUCUGAUGCAGAAAAUUGCACAAAUGAAGAAUCAGCAAGAAGCGGAAAAUAAUGUUCACGAAGAAAACACUGAAUUUGUCUGUUUUGUUGUUGGUAAAUCGUUUUGGUUCAGAUUCACAGAAUAAGGAAGUAAUUCUGUGUCAAACAUUUCAAAAUCACAAGAUCAAGAAUAACAAACUGUGCUGUCACACGAUCACCGUCCCAGCCCUCGUGGUUCAGUUUGUCUCAGAUCAAACUUUAAUCACGACGAUGCUUUCACGUGUCAGGGAACCACAGCUCAAAUUAAACUGCUUCACCUGUGAUUGUCUCUGUUCUGCUCUUCACCUGGAAAACUCAAUAAACUGAACCUGAUUCAAA